UCCAAGGCUUAAGAUCUCUCUCUUUCUCUCUCCUCCUCUCUCCCUCUCUUUUCUCUCUCUCUCUAUUCGACGAAGGGCUCUAGGGUUUGAGGCGCGUUUCAACGGCUCUGCAACGAGAUCCAGGUUUUGAAUUGGGUUCCUGCGAAGCAGUUCUAGGGUUUUGUUUUACCAAGCGCAUUCUAUUGGUCGUCCCGCCCAUUCAUUUUAGCUUCGCCUUUGGCCUAUCCAUCGCGAUCUAGGGUUUUCAACCUGGGGGUUUAUAUAGAGAGAGACCCAGUUUAGGUUUUGCUCGUGUAAGUCUUUAAAUUAUUCUUUCUUCCUUGCAUUUUUCUGAGCUCUCUAUUUCUUAAAGGAGCUUUUUAUUUGAAAAGGGGGUUAUUGAGAGAUUGAGCAAUUGGAAUUACUUUCUUUUGGUUUAGUGGUUGAAUACGAGUGUUUGAAGAUUACCAUUGCUUAGAUUGAGUUGGGGAAUCUAUCAAUUCUUUGGUGCUUAACCUAGUCCCUCUUUUAGAUCAUUAUCAGAAAUUUUUGUUCUUUUGCAUAUUGGCAACUGCGGCUUUUGAAUUUGAGCAUUGAUUGGACAUCAAAUAAACUGAAAUUUUGACCUUUGACGUAUUCCUUGAACUCGAACGUUUGGCGGGAAGUAAACAGGAAGAAGGAUCAUAUCAACAAUUGAUUAAUGUUGGAAAGUUUGGGGUUUUAGGUUUUGUGAACUUGGAAGGCUUAUAUUGUCGUAAAUUUGGACAUUGUCGGUGUCAUUGGAAUUAAGGUUGAGGGACUAAAUCUAAUUGCUACAGCUGAUAUGUGCAGUAAUUGGGAGUUUAUCUUAUGGCACCAACUGUUCCAAUAGACUUCACUGGACAGAAAGAAUCAAGGAAGUGUUUGCUUUCACAGAUGAUGGGAAAGUCACGUAAGUACUCUAAAGGGCAUUUGUCUGGUUUUGUUCCAGAUUACCGGCAUGCUGUCGAGACCAUGGCUGAAUCAGAGGGGUUUGGAAGCUCAGGACGGGUUGACACAGAAAUGACAGCUUCAGAGGAUUCAUUUGCGCCCAAAAGGAAAUGCAUUAGUCUGAAUGUGGAUGGUUAUGAUGGUUUUGGGGUGCCUAUGCAAGUGUUGCCGUUGUCACGGAUGUCACGGUCUGAAAGGAAGGAUUUGGAAUCGAGGCUGAAAUUGGAGCUCGAGCAGGUGCGGAUCCUUCAGAAGAAAAUUUCUACCAUAAGUUCAAAUGUUGCUGUAUUAUCGCCAUCCAGUGAUAUUCGGAGUUGCAGUGAUGGCAAAAAGAGGCCCCCACUUGAUAGUUAUAAGAAGACAUUGGAAUUUUCUGCGCCACAAGGUAAGAAAAGGGCUCCUCCUGGCCGCAAUGGUGCCCGCACAAAAAAAAGCAUGUCUGGGCCUGUCGAGCCAACGAAGUCAGUGGCCCCAGCAACCACUUCAAAUUCUAUGUUGUUGAAACAAUGCGAGCAGUUGCUAGGCCGCUUGAUGUUACAUCAGUUUGGUUGGGUUUUCAACACUCCCGUUGAUGUGGUGAAGUUGAACAUACCAGAUUAUUUUACAGUCAUUAAGCAUCCAAUGGAUUUGGGCACUGUGAAGAGCAAGCUAGCAUCAGGCAUGUACUCAUGUCCAUUAGGUUUUGCUGCUGAUGUGCGGCUUACUUUCUCAAAUGCUUUGACUUACAACCCACCUGGAAAUGAUUUUCACUUUAUGGCCGAGACGAUUAGUAAAUAUUUUGAACAGAGAUGGAAAGGCAUAGAGAAGAAGCUUCCAGUUACUACUGAUGUGCAGUCUUUGCCUUCAAGAGCGGCUCUUUGCGUGGAAACUGAGACUGCUGCACCUAUGCCACCCUCAAAAAAGAAGAAAAGUACACCAAAUGAUACCAGUGUCAAGCCUGAAGCUCUGAAACGCAUGUUGACUGAUGAGGAGAAGGCUAAACUGACCAUGGAGUUGGAGGCUUUGAUGGACGCAGAAGUGCCUCUGAAUAUUGUUAAUUUCCUACAAGAGCAUAGUCAUAGUGAAGGGCAAACCGAUGAUAAUGAGAUCGAGGUUGACCUUGAAGCUUUUAGUGAUGAUACCUUGUUUGCUUUACGGAAGCUUUUGGAUGACCAUCUGCUGGAGAAACAGAAAAGGCAGGCGAAAGCUGAACCUUGUGAAAUGGAGAUUCUUAAUGAGUCAGGAUUUAGCAACUCAUCAAUGCAACCAUGUAAAGGCAAUGACCCAGGUGAUGAGGAAGUGGAUAUUGUUGGUGGGAACGAUGCUCCUAUUUCAAGUUUUCCUCCAGUGGAGAUAGAGAAAGAUCCAGCUCAAAGAAACAGUAAAUGCAGUAGCUCAAGUAGCUCCAGUAGUGAAUCAGGCUCUUCAUCCAGUGAUUCUGACUCUGGCAGUUCUUCUGAAAGUGAAUCAGAUGAUGCUAAAGUUCCAGCUUCAUUUGGUGGAGGAAAGGAAAAUGUGGGUACUGGAGCAAAUUCAGACCAAAAGAGAGAUGAUAUUGGGGAUUCAGAAAUUGGCAAUGAUUCAAUAAAUGGGGUGGCCCCACUGGAUCAGGACUCCGGGUCUAAACCAAUUUCUGUUGAGGAGGGUGAACAUAGAGAGGGGGAGAGUGCUCCAUCUGAGAGGCAAGUCUCCCCCGAUAAGCUCUACCGUGCAGCUUUAUUGCGGAAUAGAUUUGCUGACACAAUACUAAAAGCCCGAGAAAAGGCACUAGAAAAGGGUGAAAAGCUGGAUCCCGAAAAAUUGCGAAUUGAAAGAGAGGAACUUGAAAAGCGGCAAAAACAAGAGAAAGCACGUUUACAAGCUGAGGCCAAAGCUGCAGAAGAGGCUCGAAAGAAGGCUGAAGCAGAAGCUGCAGCCGAAGCUAAAAGGCAGAGGGAACUAGAGAGAGAAGCUGCACGUCAGGCAUUGCAAAUGAUGGAAAAGACUGUUGAAAUUGAGAAUAGUCAGUUUAUGGAAGAUCUAGAGAUGUUUAGGGCUGUUGAUGAUGAACAUGUGCCAAAUUUCAUGGAGGAGACUAGCCCAGAGCAUUCUCAGAAUGAGCUUGCCAGGCUGGGUAGUUUCAAGCUACAGGGAAGUAGUAAUCCCUUAGAGCAACUUGGUUUGUUCAUGAAGGCGGAUGAUGAUAUAGAGGAAGAAGAAAUCGAACAUCCCCAGAGUGCUCCAGAACCAGAACCCAAACCUGAACCAGAACUCAAACCUAAACCCAAACCCAAACCAGAAGCAGCAAAUGAUGCCAUUGAAGCAAAUGAUGCCGUUGAAGCAAAUGACUUUGAAGAAGGAGAGAUUGAUUGAUGAGAUUUUUUGUUCAUGUUCUUGUACCGACUGAGAAGCAAAGAUGGAAAAUGAUGGUCCUGAGGUAUUUGGGCAGUGACUUGGGAUACUUUUAUAGGCUUUGUGGACCAUAAUAUUAUCUCUUUCCUGUUUGAGGUUUAGGUUUAGCUGUCCCUGAAAAGAGGGAAGAAGAAGAAGUAGCUAGAGAAGAGUUAUGGAUUGGGUUUUGGGUUUUGGGCUUGUGUUCGUUGAAAUGGUUUUUUGAAUUUCAUCUUGGGAAAUGGAGUGGGACAUUUGGGGAGGUAAACCCCAUUCAAAUCAAUUUUGCCCAUGGUGGAUGAUGUGCUGUGGGUUUUUGAUGAAAGAAAGAAAAAUCCAAUUUUUGUCUGUAAAAAGCGUUAAUUUUAGGUGGUAGAAAAGGUCGGCUUUUAGAAUUGUAAAAUAUCAGUCCUCAGACUAUUAUGGCAUUCUACCCAUUUUUCCUGGGAAAAAAAGAUGUCUCCUAUUGGAGUUUUAGGAAUAAUGACAGAUUGGAUAUUAGAAAAACAGUUGGAACA